AAGAAUUUUUCAUUUUUAUUAUUUAUUUAUUUAUUUAUUACUUGCUGAUGGGGUUCCGCUCUUUCUCAUAUCUAUUGGAAUAAAAAGAACCAAAGAACUAAAUGUGAGACAUUUUUCACGUACUCUUCUCAUUUAAAAUUCCUUACAGCCUACACUUCGUUUAUUCAAAAUAGUUAUCCCAGACUAAUAACAGCUAAUGUAAGGACCGAGAGCUUCACGUAUGCGCAAGAGAGUUUAUUUUGGAGAGCGGCGCGUGCGAACACUAAUCUACCUUCUCGUGCUCUCGAGCUCCAAAACUCUCUACUUUAUUUAUUUUUUUAAAUUUGUUUUUGAUGGCAAGACCGAAUAAUGCCAGUCUAGCAUGGCUCUCUCUUCAACUCUUGCCACCCUUGGACCGACAUGGCAUAUAGCCGCGUCUUUUCGGACCCUCCGUCCAAAAGCAUCUUCAAGACAUUCGCGGUCAUGCUGCUGUCCAUACUCGCAUCUCUUUACUUUCUCCACUGCCUCACGGACCGAUACGGGACCUGCAUACCUACUGAGAAAAGACACACAGGUCCGGUUGAGCGAUUUUACGCAUCGGAACUAAAAGAUUUUGGGUCGCUGAGGAAAAAGAGACUUCUUCCAAAAUGGACCUCCACGAAACCUUUGGUGAUGAGGCACCACGGUGUAAUAAUCCAUCGGCUCGCGAGUGUUGAUGAAGAGGAUUUACCUGAACUUGAGGCAGAUAAACGCCUUUCUCAGUCAAACACCAAAGUGUUAAACUCUCUGGAUGUAGAUUUAGAGGCUGGAGGCUCGUAUUUUGAUACAAGUAAAUUAAGUUCAUUGGGUGAGGGCAGCAAGAAGCUGCCUCAGGCGAUCAUCAUCGGCGUAAAGAAGGGCGGAACGCGCGCGCUGCUGGAGUUUCUGCGCGUGCAUCCUGAUGUUCGCGCGGUCGGAGCGGAGCCGCACUUCUUCGACCGUAACUAUGACAACGGACUGGACUGGUACAGGGACCUGAUGCCUAAGACCCUGGAGGGCCAGAUCACAAUGGAGAAAACACCAAGCUACUUUGUGACCCGUGAAGCUCCAGCUCGAAUCUAUGCCAUGUCCCGUGACACUAAGCUGAUUGUGGUGGUCCGGGACCCCGUCACCCGAGCCAUCUCUGAUUACACACAAACAUUGUCCAAGAAGCCUGAUAUUCCCACUUUUGAGAGCCUGACAUUGAAAAACAGGACUACAGGGUUGAUAGACACCUCGUGGAGCGCCAUUCAGAUCGGCAUCUAUGCCAAGCAUCUGGACAACUGGCUGCAGUUCUUCCCCAUGGGACAGAUUCUGUUUGUGAGUGGAGAACGAUUGAUCAGCGACCCGGCUGGAGAGCUGGGUCAUGUACAGGACUUCCUGGGACUCAAGAGGAUCAUCACAGACAAACACUUCUACUUCAACCAGACCAAGGGCUUCCCUUGUCUCAAGAAGGCUGAGGGCAGCAGCAAGCCCCACUGCCUGGGCAAAACCAAAGGGAGGUCCCACCCAAACAUUAACUCUGAGGUAGUGCAGAGACUAAGAGACUUCUACAGACCGUUCAAUAUGAAGUUCUACCAGAUGACUGGUAGGAAAUUUGGCUGGGAUGACUGACAACACUUGAACAAUGGGGUAACACCAUAAACCUUGAGAAAGACCCUGAAUUAUUGGAAAACCAGGCUCACUGUGACCUCACCAGCAACAGGAAUAUGUACCUAUCCAUAAUAACAGCUUAUGUCUUUGCAAAAUACCCAAAAGUGGUCCAAUCAGGAUAUGGAGAAAUUAUAGUAUAAAAGUGUACAAAUCCAACCCAAGUUGUAUACUGAAUGAUGCAGAACACAAUGCAACCAAUGCAGGCAAAUCUAAAUUCUGAAACCUUGCUGGUUUUAGAGGGGUUUUGGGUACUCGUGGAAACCAGCUAAAGCUGUAGACCAGUUUAUCCAGGAUGGGAGACCAUCUUAAACCAGCUAAGACCUGCGAAUCAGCUUAGACUUUUGUUUCAGCAGGGGUGUUUGAACAUUAUUAUUAUUGCUCCAGAUUUUAUUCAACACUUUUGACAUUUUGAACUCUAGGUCUUGGAGAAAAUGGAGGUCGAAACUUUGCAUUGGUUGAAUUAAAUUUUGAGUAAUGAUAAUAGUGUAUGGAAACAUUUUCCCAGUCUGAUUAUGGACAUAUUUGUAAUUUCAAUAAGUUAAAGAGAAGCACUGCUUAUUCAAAGCUCAGGGCUUUCUCUAUACAUAAAACCUGGAACUAUGCAACAAUGCUCAGUGGGACUGUGAACUGUGAAUUAUUCACUGUCUGUCUAGGGUUUGGAGAUCAAAUCAGUCCUUCUGCCAUAUUUAAUGUAGAAAAAGUCUAGCUGCUUAUAUACCUUUACAAUUAUCUUGAAGAACAUAUAAAAUAAGUGUAUUUUUUGGAAAUUUAUUUAUUUUAAAAUAUGUACACAUAUACAGUUUAUCUAUUUUGAAUAAUCUACACUAUUACCUCUCUUCACUUUUUUUGAUGUGUGGAGGGUGGGCGAUUUCUUUUGGAUUUUGAACCUUGUAACACAAAUGCCUUUUCUUAAACUUUAAAUUUGGUCUGCUUUUGACAAUAUAAAUGUACUCGAGAUGUUUUUUCUUUCUUUUUUUUUUUUUUUUUUUGUGAUUAUUGGAGAUUUUUGAGUUGGGAAACAAGAUUGCAAAGUUAUCUUAAGAAUGUCUCUUAUGUCAAUGGAUCAAAGACCGGAAUAGGACCCCCAAUGUGGUAAUCAUACAGAAUAUGGAGUCACUUUUCCCCCAGGUUUGGGUUUUAGGUUGCACAAAAAAAGAGUCCAAUUUCAGAGAGAGAGAUUCUGAGAGAAAGACAUGUUUCUAAAAGACACUCAUUAAUCAGUGCUGCUCAAUUUUAAAGGUGGUAUGUGUCAUUUUAAGUAUUUUCUCCUAUCCCAACUUAAUAUGAAGAUAAAAUUAUUAACAAAGCCAUUUUUUUUUUUUUUUUUUUUUUUUUAACCAAUGAAAAAACGGGUGAAUGUUUGGGAAAUCUGUUUGAAAUAAGUCUUUAUUUUUGCAUUUUCAUUUGGUGAUGAUGUAGUGGCACAGAAAUCACACACUUCAACUUUAUGUUCAGAGGGAGCAAUAUCAAAUAAUUUUUUUUUUUUUGCAAUAUUAUCAGUCAUGUUAUGCAGUUACAAUUAUUUAAAUAA